UUUGUUCCUCUUUCCCUCCCUUUUUUCGUUCCUCCCUCCCUCUCUUUUUCUUGCUUUUUGUGUGGCCUAAAGUUUUAUUGUUUGUUUUCAGAGGCUGUAGCUGGAGAGGGGAGGGCAAAGAACUUUCCUGAGUUAAUCAUGAAUAAAGUCAUAUUAUUUGCUUGGCUCUCUCUUUCGAAGAAGUGGAACUGAAUGGUGGUGACACAUUACGUUUUAAGGUCCUUAGGAACCAGGGUUCAUAGGAGUUUAUAGAGCUAGCAUUGUUCAACGUGUGAAAACACAGUUGGGCAGGUCCCAGUGGCAUGACUAGAUUUGCUUCCAGCAAUGUUGGUUGAUGAGGAAGAGCGUGUAACAUAGGUCUUCAUAUUCACAGCAUUUUCUUUUCGCCUGUUUGUUGCACCUGCUGUGCCAAAUUUACUCUUUGACAUCUUGACUAAAUCUAUUCUCUACAAAUUUCCCUUGAGGAGUAGGAGCAGUGUUAUUGCUUUGUAGUACACAUUUCAGUUUGCUGAUAAACGGGAAGGUUCAAUGCUCUGGGUAAGUACAGCUGAGGUUAAUGUUGAAACAGUUUUGUCUUCUGUCUCUUAAAAAAAAAAACACCCACCCAAUCCUAUCCCAUCCUUAAAUCUGAAAAGUUUGCUUGCAUUUCUUAUUAAGAAGGAAGUAAAUUGUGUUUCUCAGUCUUUGUUGCUGUUGUUGUAUUGGGAAUAAAAGCUCUCAUGAGUCGUUUCACUGGAUAUGCUAUUAAUAAGAAUGAGGUUUUAACAGAACCAGUUCCCCCAAGAAGAGCUUCUGUCAUUGUUUCACUACAGAGCCCCGUGGAUGCUCUUAAGGCCAAGCAGAGAGUGAGCGGGCAACUGAAUUGUCAUCUUCGUUUAGCACAGCAUCAGCCCAUCUGAAACACAGGACAAGAAGGAACAAGCAGCAGGCAGUUUGUCCUGAAUUGGGAUAUAUGCAAUUGUUUGUAUGCAUCCUCCAUUCUCCAGGAAUUUCUAUAACUCAAAUUAAUUCCCUUGUUUGGAGUACAAAGGGAAUUCUUAUCUUUACCCUUUGGCAAUCAAAGGAAUUUCCAUGGGUUGGGUUGGUUUGCUUUUGAUCCAUGUGGGAAUAGAUCAAAGAAGAAAUUUGACUUACCUCUUUGCAUUGGUAAAUAAAAAUGAAUUUUUUAGGUUUUUUUUUUUUGCAAACUAGUAUUCACAUUUGAAGGUCCAAAAACCUACAGUUCUAGUGAGGUUGUUGAAAUUAUUGGUGGUAAAAAUCCCUAAAACCCAACAUGCUGUUGUUCCUGGGUUCCUUGUAUAUUCCAGACUUGCAAAACAGUCUGUCCUCUUUUUUAAGUAAAAUAGGUUCAGGAAUUUCUUGUCUGCUAUCUGGUUUGCCCCACAACCUACUGAAGCAGCUUAGAUUUUUUUUUUUUAAAUAGCCCUCAGAAUCAGCAUUUUUAUUUUUUUAUUUUUUAAAACCUUUUCCAAACCUUGCCUUGGCUUCCAUAGGACAUUGAAAUUCUUGUUGAAAAGCAUUGAGUGAGGGAUGCUCCCAGGUCUCUUUUGCAGAGGGCAUUGUGGGAUGGGGGAAAGGGGUGGACUGGUGGGGAGAGCCAUUUAAGGUAAGCCUCCCACUCUUCCAAGUUCAUUCCAGCUGCAGCUUGUUUUCGGCUGUAAAAGGCUGGAUGUGAAUCUGGGAGAGUUUUCUCUGUAGUGGAGCCAAUGACAGAAGCUGUUCUUUAGAAUUUCCAGGAUGGCUGUAUUCUGCGAUCAGAAUGAGACAGUCAAGCUGGGCAGAAGCCAAAACGCCAAGAUGGAAGGUAAGGUGAUGUUUAUUUGUGGGAAUGUUUAUGACAGCCAGGCUAGCUUAGGGCAGCUGCUACCAUUAAUAGUUUUCAUGAAUAAUUUCAGGAAUAGUUUUCAGGGAUAAUUUUCUACGCUUCGGCUAGCUUGGGGUUACUGUUAUGUUUUUAAAUGGAAACAAUAUGCUGAUUGUUCUCGUCAUGAUUUUAACCAGAACAAUGUUUUUAAGAUUGCAUAUAUUGUUUCUUUUUCCCUUUUGAUCUUUCUGCCACUACUUUCUUUACAUCUAUAACAAAAAACAACAACAACACCCUAAGCCACCUUGUUGUUCUUCCCUGGAAAUCUCUUACUUUCUAGUUAGUACGGUAGAAGAGAGUUCCUGCUGAUGUUGCAAAUAUUAUCCCUAUUUCUUCCUGUAUCAAGUGGGUUUGUGAGAAAAUGUUGGCAGCCCUUGUCAGCAUGUCGGGUCAUAGGUUAUGAAAGUAGAGCACCGAAAGAUUAUUCACGCUGCCAGUGACUUGAUUUCAGUUGAUGGAUUGAAUCCUGCACCAGAAGCCAACAAUCUUGUUGCUAAAUAGCAUCGACCAUACAAAAUAGCCAGUUGUGUUUCGGAUGGAGAGAAAGUAAAAUCCUAGCAAUGGAGGAACAAGCUGGCGUAGUGUGACCUUGGAAUCUGAGCGUGUGCUGUGAUCAGAGAUUUGCUUGAGGUCCUUUUUUAUUUUUUUGCUCGUUCUGUCCUUUUUUGGACCGCUUUGGGCACAUGAUGGACGUCCGGCUGUUGACAUGUGCGCAUGAAAACUCGGGGGAGGAAUCCUACCGAGUGAGUUCUCAGUUGGAAAUUCAGAAUCAGCCACCUUGGGACUUGUUCGUGGUCCUUGCCUUCACUUUUUAACUUGAUCCUGAGCUUCUGCUCCUUCCUUGACAAGCCUGGGCUUGCACCCAUUGUUGUCCAGAACACUGAUUUGCAAAGCCAGUUGUAGCCGUGGGGACUUCCUAAAGACUUCAGAAAUCCACCCCAAGCAUCUCCAUCCUUUCGCAUUUUUGUGGUGGGCAACCGUACUUCUUGCCUUUGAUUAAAGAACCUUAAGCUCCAGAAUGUGUAGAUGUCUUUAUUGUUGGAAAUGCCCAGCUGAAAAAUCUUCCGUCUAGCAAAGCCGUGUUAAACCAAAAGGGGGAAACACAUCUGGCCAUGGAGAUCAUUAGCCGCCAAUGUUUCCCUCUUCCAUGGACUUGUGAACAAACACUGGUCCUGCUUUUUCUUGUAAUAUUUAAUUUUUUUGUGUCUUUGCAAAAUGUGAGCUCGAUUUUGUGUUGGAAGCUUGAGUUGGAUUCAGGCCUUGUGUAAUCUUUUGUUGUGCAUGCCGAUUGUACGUUCUGCCACCGUACCUUUCUUUUCUUUUGUACAGUGUUUGUGACAUGCUACUACUCACUUUUCAUAAGAUACUACUGGUUUGUUUGCAAAUAAAAAAUUUCCUGCUUCCCAUUUAUUAGUACUUAAUAUUGCUCAUGAAUCUGAGUUGUAAUGGACCACACUGUCCUUUUGGCCAAUGAAAAUGAAAUAGACAAUUUGUGGCCUGGGAGCUGUUUUUCUCUUUUUGCAGGUGGUGUUUUGAAAUUGUGAUUCCUGAGGAAUGUUUUGCAAAAUGUCCUUCUCACACUCUUCCCCAGUUCAACUGUAGGCGUUUAUGGUGAAACAUCUUCUUGAAUAUACUCAGCAAACGGAACCCAACCUACAAUACAGCCUGUUGUUAAUUUUGGGCCUCUUAAUAACAGAAGUAAUUCGUUCCUGGUCUUUGGCGUUAACAUGGGCUUUAAACUAUCGCACUGGGGUCAGGCUGCGUGGAGCUAUCCUUACAAUGGCUUUCAAGAAAAUACUCAGACUGAAAAAUAUCAAGGAGAAAUCUUUGGGCGAGCUCAUAAAUAUAUGCUCCAAUGAUGGCCAGAGAAUGUUCGAAGCUGCAGCUGUGGGUAGCUUGUUGGCUGGAGGUCCUAUCGUUGCCAUUCUUGGCAUGGUUUACAACGUUGUAAUUCUUGGACCAACAGGCUUCCUAGGUUCGGCUGUUUUCAUCCUCUUCUAUCCUGCAAUGAUGUUUGCAUCCCGCUUUACAGCUUAUUUCAGAAGGAAAUGUGUGGCUGUAACUGAUGAACGGGUCCAGAAAAUGAAUGAAGUGCUUAACUACAUUAAAUUCAUCAAAAUGUAUGCUUGGGUGAAAGCCUUUUCACAGACUGUUCAAAAAAUCAGAGAGGAAGAACGCAAAAUUCUGGAGCGUGCAGGAUACUUCCAGAGCAUCACUGUGGGAGUGGCACCCAUCGUUGUAGUGAUAGCUAGUGUGGUGACCUUCUCUGUUCAUAUGAUCCUCGGCUAUGAUCUCACAGCAGCCCAGGCUUUUACAGUGGUGACAGUGUUCAAUUCCAUGACUUUUGCUUUGAAAGUCACUCCGUUUUCUGUGAAGUCCUUGUCUGAAGCUUCUGUUGCAGCUGAUAGAUUUAAAAGUUUGUUUCUAAUGGAAGAGGUUCAUAUGGUAAAGAAAAAACCAGCCAGUCCUCACGCAGCCAUACAGAUGACAAAUGCCACCUUAGCCUGGGAAUCCUCCCAUGCUAGUGUCCAGAGCUCACCCAAGAUGACCCCUAAAAUGAAAAAGGGCAAGACGGCCAUGAGCACCAAAGACAAGAGGAAACUGCAGCAACACGAGGGACGGCAGACCAUGUUCACGGAGCAGAAAGGCCAUCUUUUGGUGGAUAGCGACCCCCCGAGCCCCGAGGAGGAGACCCAGCGUAUCCAGCUUGCAAAUGUCCGGCUGCAGAAGGUACUUUACAACGUCGACCUGGAAAUUGAGAAGGGGAAACUUGUUGGGAUAUGUGGCAGCGUGGGGAGUGGGAAAACCUCACUCAUUUCAGCCAUUUUGGGACAGAUGACAUUGUUGGAAGGCAGCAUUGCCGUGGAUGGGAACUUUGCUUAUGUGGCCCAACAGGCCUGGAUUCUCAACGCCACGCUUAGAGACAACAUCCUUUUUGGGAAGGAGUUUGAAGAAGAAAGGUACAAUAUGGUGCUGAAUGAUUGCUGUCUCCGACCUGAUCUGGCUAUCCUACCACAUGGGGAUCUGACAGAGAUUGGUGACCGGGGCGCAAAUUUGAGUGGGGGUCAGCGCCAGCGGAUCAGCCUUGCCCGUGCCCUGUACAGCGACAAGAGCAUUUUCAUCCUCGAUGACCCUUUGAGUGCCUUGGAUGCCCAUGUUGGAAACCACAUUUUCAACAGUGCAAUCCGGAAGCACCUGAAGUCCAGAACAGUUCUUUUCAUCACACACCAGCUGCAGUAUCUUGUGGAUUGCGAUGAGGUGGUUUUCAUGAAAGAAGGUUGCAUCACUGAGAGGGGAAGCCAUGAAGACUUGAUGAAUCUGAACGGUGACUAUGCAGCCAUUUUCAAUAGUUUGCAGCUGGGAGAAACGCCACACAUUGAGGUUAACUUAAAGAAGACUGCAAACAGUUCAUUGAAAAGACUCCCGGAGAAAGGCACCAAAACGGGAUCUGUGAAGAAAGAGAAAGUAGUUAAGAAGGAAGAAGUUCAGCUCAUGCAGAUGGAAGAGAAAGGCAAAGGUUCUGUCCCCUGGUCGGUUUAUUGGGUCUACAUCCAAGCAGCUGGAGGUCCAGUCGCUUUCCUGACCAUCAUGAUACUCUUCAUAUUGAACGUGGGCAGUACAGCCUUCAGCAACUGGUGGCUGAGCUACUGGAUCAAAGAAGGCAGUGGGAACACUACUUUGAUGUUGGGGAAUGAAACUGUGGUGAGCGACAGUAUGAAGGAUAACCCUCAUAUGCGUUACUAUGCUGGCAUUUAUGCACUCUCCAUGGGAGUCAUGCUGCUUCUGAAGGCUGUUCGUGGCAUUGCCUUUGUCAAGGGGACAUUGCGGGCCUCAUCCAGGCUGCACGAUGAACUCUUCCGGCGGAUUCUUCGUAGUCCAAUGAAGUUUUUCGACACCACACCUGUGGGGCGGAUUCUCAAUAGGUUCUCCAAAGAUAUGGAUGAAGUUGACGUCCGCCUGCCUUUUCAAGCUGAAAUGUUCAUACAGAACGUCAUCCUGGUGUUCUUCUGCGUGGGAGUGAUCUCUGGUGUCUUUCCAUGGUUCCUAAUGGCAGUGGGGCCCCUCGUGGUUCUUUUCACCAUUCUGCAUGUUGUGUCUAGAGUCUUCAUUCGGGAGUUGAAACGCCUGGACAACAUUACGCAGUCUCCGUUUCUUUCUCACAUCACUUCAAGCAUUCAAGGUCUCUCUACCAUCCAUGCCUACAAUAAAAGAGAGGAAUUCCUAUACAAAUACCAACAACUGCUGGAUGACAACCAGGCUCCCGUCUACUUGUUCAGCUGUGCGAUGCGCUGGCUGGCUGUCAGGCUGGAUAUUGUCAGCAUUGCCCUCAUUACCAUCACUGGCUUAAUGAUCGUCUUAAUGCACGGCCAGAUCCCGCCGGCUUACGCUGGGCUCGCCAUCUCAUAUGCUGUUCAGUUAACGGGAUUGUUCCAGUUUACAGUCAGGUUGGCGUCAGAGACAGAGGCUCGCUUUACGUCUGUGGAGAGAAUUGACCACUACAUCAAGACACUUUCCCUGGAGGCCCCAGCUCGCAUCAAGAAUAAGGCUCCCCUUCCAGACUGGCCCCAUCAAGGAGAAAUUCGCUUUGAAAAUGCAGAAAUGCGUUAUCGUGAGAACCUGCCGCUUGUCCUCAAAAAAGUAUGCUUCACCAUCAAGCCCAAGGAGAAGAUCGGAAUUGUGGGGAGGACUGGCUCAGGAAAAUCCUCUUUAGGAAUGGCUCUCUUUCGCUUGGUGGAGCUGUCAGGGGGCUGCAUUAAAAUUGACGGAGUGAAAAUCAGUGACAUUGGCUUGGCAGAUCUUCGGAGCAAACUUUCCAUAAUCCCCCAGGAGCCAGUCCUCUUCAGUGGCACUGUGAGAUCCAACUUGGAUCCUUUCACACAGUACAGCGAAGAGCAAAUCUGGGAGGCUUUGGAAAGGACUCACAUGAAAGACUGUAUUUCUCAGCUGCCCAUGAAACUUGAAUCCGAAGUGAUGGAAAAUGGGGAAAAUUUCUCCGUUGGGGAGAGGCAGUUGCUUUGCAUUGCUAGAGCCCUGUUGCGUCGUUGUAAGAUCUUAAUCCUGGAUGAAGCGACAGCUGCUAUGGAUACCGAGACCGAUUUACUGAUCCAAGAGACGAUCAGAGAAGCCUUUGCAGACUGCACCAUGCUGACGAUCGCUCAUCGUCUCCAUACGGUUCUGGGCUCUGACCGGAUUAUGGUACUGAUGCAAGGACAGGUGGUGGAAUUUGACACUCCAGCUGCUCUUCUGUCCAAUGACAAUUCCCGCUUCUAUGCCAUGUUUGCUGCUGCAGAAAACAAGGUUGCUGUAAAGGGCUAA